UUUAUUAUCAGUUUUAAAACAAACUUUUCCAAGAAAUCAUAAAAUUAUUUUGUGUUUGUUUUCAAUUUCUAUUUUCUCAACAAUCUUCCCAUUCCUCAUCAAUGGCGUCUCCUGAACCCCACCACUCCCCCUCUCUAAAAAUUCGUGUUUUCUCUUUUUAAACCACAAAUCCAAUAAAUUCCCAUUAAAAAGAAUCUCAUUCGAAGUGAAUUUCGUUACAAUUAAGAACCCUGAAUUUUGGUUAUCCUGGAUUAAAAAAGUGUGUAAAAUGAGAGGAAGAAGACAUGCGAUGAGCUGGAGAAAAGUGGCGCAGUCUGCACAAGGGUUAGCAGCGCAUGGUUUGCUAUUCACUUUCACCCUUUUGCUUGUUCUUAAGCUUGAUCACAUCACCUCCUGCUCUUGGUGGACUGUCUUUUUUCCCAUAUGGCUGUUUCAUGCUGUUGUUGCUCGUGGAAGGUUCUCCUUACCUGCCCCUUCUGUUCCAAAUGAUCGUCAUUGGGCACCUUGUCAUGCUGUUGUUGCCGCACCAUUAAUCAUUGCAUUUGAAUUGCUCCUAUGUGUAUAUCUCGAGAGCCUUUCUGUUAAUAGUGUUGCCGCUGUGAGCCUGAAGAUUGUUUUCUUUCCUUUGUUGGCUUUUGAAACAGUAAUUUUGAUUGACAAUUUCAGAAUGUGCAGAGCUUUAAUGCCCGGAGAUGAAGAAAGUUUGAGUGACGAAGCAAUAUGGGAGACACUUCCACAUUUCUGGGUUGCUAUCUCCAUGGUUUUUUUUCUUGCUGCAACACUGUUCACCGUCUUAAAACUAUCUGGUGACUUAGGUGCUCUAGGAUGGUGGGACUUAUUUAUCAAUUUUGGUAUUGCAGAGUGUUUUGCCUUUCUUGUUUGUACAAAAUGGUCCAAUCCAAUGAUACACAGGAAUUCAAGAACCAUGGAGAAUACUGCAUCUUCAAGCACUGUUGGCUAUCUUGAUUGGACUGGUGGGUUAGUUGUAUGCCAUGAAGAGGAUCAAAACCAGGAGAGCCUGUGUGGUUUGCCUGACAUUGGUGGCCAUAUUAUGAAAAUUCCAAUCAUUGCUUUCCAAGUCCUCCUUUGCAUGCACUUAGAGGGAACUCCUACUGGUGCUAAAAAUAUCUCUGUUCCAGUUCUUUUUUCACCUUUGUUCCUUUUGCAAGGUGUUGGAGUUUUAUUUUCUAUUUCAAGAUUGGUAGAAAAAAUCUUUCUCUUACUGCGUAGUGAUGCUGGACAAGGGUGGUAUUUUACCUUUUCUGCAAAACUUUAUGACUGCCUUGCAUUUAUGCACCAUGGUUCAAGGCUACUUGGCUGGUGGUCUAUUGACGAGGGAAGUCGGGAGGAACAAGCAAAACUUUUGCAUGAAGGGGCAUCUGGGUACAACACCUUCAGCAGUUAUCCACCUGAGAUUGUGAAGAAAAUGCCAAAGAAGGAUCUGGCUGAGGAGGUUUGGAGACUGCAGGCAGCUCUCGGCGAGCAGACUGAAAUAACCAAAUAUAGCCAACAAGAGUACGAUAGAUUACGACAUGACAAAGUUCUAUGUCAAAUAUGCUUUGAGAGAGAUAUUAGCAUUGUGCUGCUUCCCUGUAGGCAUCGGAUCCUGUGCAGUGUCUGCAGCCCAAAGUGCAAUAAAUGUCCAGUUUGCCGGGUCUCUGCUGACGACAGAUUAGCCGUAUAUGAUGUAUAGUUAUAGGUGAUACUAUUAUACUUGAUGGCCAUGUAAUGUCCGAAAAAAGAAAAACUUCCAUACUGGUUAGGUUCAAUUAGAGCAGCUCGGUGUUUUUCUUUUUUAAUCUUUCAUUGAUGUAAAUAUGACAGUAGCUUGGAUCACAUUGUUCUUGAGUGAUCUUAAUUAAAGCUCUUUUAAAGUUAAUGAUAAAUUCAUGGCUUUAGAAUUAA